CACCACGCCGUUGCUAUGGCGAUUGGCUGGUAGGCGGGGCUAAGGGCUGUGCCGUGCGAGUUCCCAGCAUGCUGCGCGCCUUGACCGGCUUCUCCUCUGCAGCUCCUCCCCCGGCUCUCUGACAGUCACCAUGGCGCCUGUGUACAGCAAGUACCUGACUGUCCGCAACUGCUCGGCCACCGGGGCGGCGCUCCUCCUGCUCUACCUGAUCAACAAGCGGAAGGGAGCGAGCGGGAAGAAAGGUGGAAGGACGCCAUCACAGAACAAUGAGAAAGAUGGAAAGAAAGAAAAAGCGGUGGUGGACAGGGUCUUCUUUGCACGGAUUGGUCGCAUCUUGAAAAUAUUAGUACCAAAAACUGUAUGUAAAGAGAGCGGAUAUCUGUUACUUAUAGCUGUCAUGCUGAUUGCACGCACAUACUGUGACGUUUGGAUGAUUCAGAAUGGCACUUUUAUUGAAAGUGGAAUUAUAAGCAGAAAUAGAGCAGUGUUCCAGAAGUACUUUUUCCAGUAUAUAGCUGCAAUUCCGCUGAUCUCAUUAGUAAAUAAUUUCUUGAAGUUUGGUCUCAAUGAACUGAAAUUAUGUUUCCGGGAGAAACUAACCAAGUACCUUUAUGAUGAAUACCUAAAAUCCUUUACUUAUUACAAAAUGGGAAACCUUGACAACCGGAUAGCCAAUGCUGAUCAGCUCCUUACGCAAGACGUUGAGAAAUUCUGUAACAGUGUGGUGGAUUUAUAUUCCAACUUAAGCAAGCCAUUUUUGGACAUCGUCCUGUACAUCUUCAAGUUGACAAGUGCAAUUGGCGCUCAGGGUCCAGCGAGCAUGAUGGGUUAUCUGCUAGUCUCAGGACUUUUCCUUACACGCCUCAGGAGGCCUAUUGGUAAAAUGACCAUUACCGAGCAGAGAUAUGAAGGCGAAUACAGAUAUGUAAACUCACGGCUCAUUACCAAUAGUGAAGAAAUUGCCUUUUACAAUGGGAAUAGAAGGGAAAAACUGACCAUUCACUCAGCCUUUAACAAACUGGUGGAGCAUUUGCAUAGUUUCAUUGUGUUCCGGUUUUCCAUGGGUUUCGUAGACGACAUUAUUGCCAAAUACUUUGCUACAGUCGUUGGAUAUCUGGUUGUCAGUCGUCCUUUCCUUAUCCCGAAUCAUCCACGGCAUCUGACCAGUACGCAUGCGGAGCUCCUGGAGGAUUACUACCAGAGCGGAAGGAUGUUACUGAGGAUGUCCCAAGCACUGGGCAGGAUUGUGCUGGCAGGACGUGAAAUGACCAGGCUUGCAGGUUUCACAGCCAGAAUUACAGAAUUGAUGCAAGUGCUGAAGGAUUUGAACCAAGGAAAAUAUGAACGUACUAUGGUUUCUCAACAGGAUAAAGAUACAGAAGCUCUUCCCAGAAUACCCUUAAUACCCGGAAGUGGAAGAAUUAUCAAUACUGACAAUAUCAUUAAGUUUGAUCAUGUUCCACUAGCAACACCAAAUGGAGAUAUUUUAAUCAGAGAUCUCGACUUUGAAGUGAGGUCGGGCACCAAUGUUCUUGUCUGUGGGCCAAAUGGCUGUGGGAAGAGCUCCCUUUUCCGAGUAUUAGGAGAGCUGUGGCCGCUUUUUGGCGGAUGUUUGACAAAACCUGAACGAGGAAAACUAUUUUAUGUACCCCAGAGACCGUAUAUGACUCUGGGGACAUUACGGGACCAAGUCAUCUAUCCAGACACACAUGAAGACCAGAAGCGGAAAGGUAUAUCCGAUAAGGUACUGAAGGACUACCUUGACAAUGUCCAGCUGGGCCAGAUUCUGGAACGUGAAGGUGGCUGGGAUAGUGUGCAGGAUUGGAUGGAUGUCCUCAGCGGAGGAGAGAAGCAAAGAAUGGCGAUGGCACGGCUAUUUUACCACAAGCCUCAGUUUGCAAUCUUGGACGAAUGCACGAGUGCUGUUAGUGUGGAUGUAGAAGGUUUCAUUUACAGCCACUGUAGGAAGGUUGGAAUAUCCUUGUUCACCGUGUCGCACAGAAAGUCAUUGUGGAAACACCAUGAGUACUACCUCCACAUGGAUGGCCGAGGCAACUAUGAGUUCAAGCAAAUCACGGAUGAAACGAUUGAGUUUGGAUCAUAGUGAUAAUUCUGAAAAUCAUGAAUUGAAAGUAACUCAUGGGGAAAAAAAACCUACAAAAUAGUUUUGUUUUUUUAAUUAGCAAAUUUUUGCCUAAUCCUAAACAAUCCAAGUCUAAUGUGUAGAAUGUUGACAACUGUGCAUACUAUUAUGUAAUUAUUAACACUACUGUACUAAGGGUGCACCGAAGUCCUCAUCGAGGUUCCAAUCGGCAGACCUGAUUAUUGAAUAUGAAAUCAACUACUUUGACUUUCUUGGCCAGUGCGGAGUGUGCCCAGCUUCCAAGGAGGAAGUGAAAAAUCACUAGUUUCUCAUGUUAGAGCCAAAGUCCUGUCUGUUUGUUAUUGAGCUUCCUCUUCAAGCAUUGAUUGGCUGGGACAGAAGGGUUUCUUGUGAUGGCAGUAAAAUAACAGAUGUAGCGUCCUUUUUUUUUUAUUGUUAAUCUCAGGUUAUAUAUUUUUUUUUUUGUCAAUUUGAGAUAUAGAAGAAGGACUAUGAGUAAGACCUGGUUAUUAUAGCUUUUACCCAAAUGUUGAUUAUGAUAAAGGCAAAAGCAGAAUUAAGGGUCAAACAGAGGCAGUACAUCAUUGAAUGGUUUUUACUGGGCCAAGGUGUAAUGUCUGCUAAGCAGACCACGCAAUCCUUGACAAUCGGACUGUACCCUAUGAAAAUCCGGCCACAGCUAUAUUUUCCGUUGGGUACGUCUGGUGGGACUUAAGCUGCAUGUCUUCACUUUUGUAUGUAACAGAUUUGUUCUUCCCACAUGCAGAUUUCAGUGGAAUUUUUUGGAUUCUUUCCAUGUGAUUUAUUAUAACCUAUUAACUUAAAGAAUAGUUGUUAAUUGGAUAGCUUUUUAUGUUUAACAAUGAGAUCACUGUGCAGGGAUAUAGACCAUUUAUUGUCAAUCUAGUUUGGCGAUAGAGGAAUUGAAUGGCAUGCACUGAUUAUGCAAUAAAUGGGAUCUACCCUGAUCCAGUGUGUUUACUGAAA